GGAUUUUCAGGUUGACCUGCAGAAAAAAAAAAAAAAAAAAGGGAGUGGUGCAGGAACACCUAUGAAAAGACUUAAAUAUCAUUAAUGAAUCAACAUACAUGGAGAGGCAUUCCUACAAGAGAAUCUUGCAGGUGGAUGAAUAUAGGAUGGUGAGCUUUAUCCCACUGGACUUGAGGAAGGAAAGCAGGUGUCUGUCCCCCCCACCCUCCUUCAGUCCUUCACUCCCUCUCUCUCAAAGACACUAACUCUUGAUCACCCCUAUGUUAAAGAAAUUCAACAAGCAAGAGAGAGAGAGAGAGAGAGAGAGAGAGAGAUAGAAUCUAUACAUGCAACUUGUGCCUCUGGUUUUUCUUUUUCCAACAAAUUUUUGUGCAGUGAUUCACAUUUCUUGUAUCUAUCCCCAAAUAAUGGUGACCGCCUCUCUUGCAGCAUACAAUAUGUAUUGUCUCAAAUUGACAAGUGCAUUCAGUAUGGAGAAGAUGCAGAUGUGAAGGUUAAGGAUUUUGAUCCAGAGGAUGUUGAUGAUGAAUAGCCCUGUUGAUGGCUCAUUUUUAACUAUGUUACUGAAUUUGAACAAUGAUACUUUGUGUAUAUAAGCAGCAUCCAAUUCCAAAUAUUUGUAUCUCAGAAGUGAUAUAAAUAACUGUCUCGGGUUAAAUGAAAUAAACUAUUUGAUUUUGU